UACCCACGACUGUUAUCGGAAACCUCAACCACUAACAUUGAAUGUUUCAUGACCCAAACUCUCCUAUAUAAACAAAUCAAUUAACUUCCUUUCUUAAAACCCAUCAGAGCUUCAAAUAAAAGAAAAGAAACAAUCCUACAAAAGAAAUUACAAGAGAAAUUCUAAAUCGAUCAUCAUGAAGAAGCAAAAGAUUGUUAUUCAGAUGCAAUUGAGCCGCGAUAAAGACAGAUCAAAAGCCAUGCAGAUUGCUUCUUGCACAAAAGGUGUGAUCUCAGUGGCAAUAAAAGGAGAUGGAAAAGAUCAAGUAGAGGUAAUAGGAGAAGAGAUUGAUUCAGUUGAGUUGACCAAGUCAAUAAGGAGGAGGGUGAGCAAAUAUGCCAGCAUACAAAGUGUGGAAGAAGUGAAGCCCAAAGAGGAGGAAAAGAAAGCAGAGAAACCACUCCAGUGGGCAAUGGCUCCACCAGUUAUUCCAACCCCUUAUUACUGUCAACCGGUAUAUGAUUCAGACCCACGAGGUUGUUCCAUCUUGUGAUGUGAUUGUUUGUGAGAUACAAAUCAAUUCAUCAUCAGUUACAAUAUCAUCCCCCGUUUCUGGGAUAUUCAUGUCUUUUGUAAUGUGUGUCUUGCGCGCGAUGAUUGUAUUGUUAGUUGGAUUUUUUAGGUAAAUUAUAGCUGCAAACAAGUUUUUGUCUCUAUUUACCAUGAUGAAAUGAAAUACGAGUUUCGAAUUUUAUCUAUAUU